GAAUCAUCCGUAACCCACAGGACACGUAUACGAACCUUACAAAACCCCAACCCAUAAGACCAAUAUUAACCUCUCCCUCCCAGACCAAUUCUCCUCAUACUUGAACCCUCUCUCUUCCUUUUUUUUCUCCUUCAUCGUCUCUCUGCUCACCCUUUCCCACUGCUUUACAAUCUUCUCUCUCGCAUUUCUCGGCUCACCUUUUCCCACCAUUUCACAAUCUUCUCUCUCACAUUUGUCGUUUGUUUUGCAGUCGCCGUUCUCGGAAUCUCCCACACGCUCUCUCAUUUCUUUUGCUGUUGCAGUUCCCGGCUCUCUCAUUUCUUUUCCGAUUGCGGUUCCCGGAAUCCCCAUCCCCAGGCAACAUUGUUGCAUCGAAAAUGGUGUCAUCGUCCUCCAGCUCGCCAUGUGCCGCCUGCAAGUUACUCCGGCGCAAAUGCACACAGGAGUGUGUGUUUGCUCCGUACUUUCCCCCUGAUGAGCCCCAGAAAUUUGCUGAUGUCCACAAGGUCUUCGGGGCCUCUAACGUGACAAAAAUUCUUAAUGACCUUCCACAAUUUCACCGUCCCAUAGCUGUGACCACAUUGGCUCAGGAGGCGGAUGCCCGUAUCCGCGACCCCAUCUAUGGCUGCGUUGCCAGGAUAUCCAUGUUACAAUCCCAUCUGCGCCAAAUACACGCAGAGAUUGGUACUAUACAGUUAGAGCUCUCUAAAUACCUUGGCCCCCACUUGCAGAUCGGGCCCUCAUCAUCAUCUUUAGGUUUUACAAUUGCACUUGGGAAUAAGUCAACGGGCACACCCCCACCCCAAUUGAAUUUUUUGGAUGUUCAGUCAAUGGGCACGCCCCCACCCCAAUUGAAUUUUUUGGAUGUUCAAAAUCAACAACAGCAAUUGUUAGCUGAGCAACAGCAUCAAGAGAUGAUAAGCAGUUAUGACGGAGACGUUGCGAGGAUGAAUGCCGCUGCUGCAGCGGCAGUAACCGGAACAUCCACAUCACCGGUAACAGGGUUUGAUGGGGGAUAUGGAGGGCAAGGGGCAUUGGGAUUUAUGGGACCGUAUGUGCAGCAGUCUAGAGUUUCAUUUGAAAAUGGAUUUGAACCGAAGAUCAUUGGAACCCAAUUUGAAACUGGAUUUGAAGAGAAGAUGGCUGGAUCGGGUCGUGAUGCAGUACAAUAAUACAGAGGUUCUUCAAAUUCUUCAAAUUUUUGUAGAAUAAAAACAACGCAUAAAGAUCUUGGUGUCAGUGGUGAAUAGAUUGGGACCUAACUCUACAAAAGGCAAAAAGGAAGAUCCAAGAGGAAGAAUUGAAGAGGAAGACAAAAUGAUGCAAGAGAGAGUCAUAUUUAUGCGAAGUUCCCACCAAAAUUUUAGAACCACUCUUCCCCCCCUCUUUCACACUCUUUUGGAUUUUUGCUAGGAAAUAGGACAUACACAUACAUUUCUAUCUUCUUAGAUUCUUUUAACAUUUUUUCAAAUUUUCGGAACUAGCAUUUGGUGUGAGUCUCAUUGGGCACCCAACUCGCCUUAAACUCGCCUCACCAGUCAGGAUGGACUCGCUAAUUAACGCGCACUGGGUUCAAUAAUUCAUUUUUUUCCUCUGUCUCUUUAAGUAGAUGUACAAUUCACAAAAGACCAUUGGACUACACAUAAGGGGAUCCACCAAUCCUCAUUUAUAUUCAUUUGAUUUAUGUUUGCCC